GUGUAGCUUUAACGAGGGUAGAACUCUCCCCAACUUUCCAUCUUUUGAGUCUUUGACCACCGAAUCCUCGCCAGGAAAGUUCCCAUAAUUCUCUCCCAUUUUUAGAAUAAAUCAGCCGUAUUCUCUUACCUUCACAACCCAACACAAGACUACUCUUUUGUUUUCUCAACAAUAUUUCCUUAAUUUCUUCAAUCAUGAAUGAAAUCGAAGUCCCAAAUUACUUCAUCUGUCCUAUAUCCCUCCAGAUCAUGAAAGACCCUGUUACGGUCAUCACCGGCAUAACAUACGACCGCGACAGCAUCGAACACUGGCUGUUCACCACCAGAAACAACACUUGUCCGGUCACCAAGCAGCCCCUGCCCCGAAACUCCGACUUAACCCCAAACCACACCUUGCGGAGGUUAAUCCAGGCUUGGUGUACUGAGAAUGCUUCCCUCGGCGUUGACCGGAUUCCGACACCUAAGUCUUCUCUCGACAGGUUUUACGUCCGCAAACUCUUAAAAGAUCUCGAGGAUCCUCAGUUACAGAUGAAGACACUGAGGCAACUGGAGUUGUAUGCAGCGGAGAACGAGAGAAACAGGUAUUUACACUGUGAAUCAAUAUAUUAUGAAGUCAAAGGAAUCGUUUAAACUUUUAAUCAAUUACUAUAAUUCAU